UCUGCUGCGUGAUUGACUCCCAAUGUAAACAGUAACGAAAAUAACAAUUUUUUGUUGAAUGAAUGUCAAAAAUCAUCAAAAUGCCUGGUAAAGUAAUACCUAAUAGACCUCACACGAUCCAUGAAGCUGUGAAACAAUGUGAUGUUUUAUCUCUAGAAUAUAUGACCAAAAAUGGUGGCAGUAUCAACGAAGUAGAGGAUGUUGAUAAAUUUACACCGUUGCACACAGCGUGUAAUAAUGGUGCUUUAGAGUGUGUACAUUGGUUGUUGUGGCACGGAGCAGAUCCUAAUAUAAACACACCUAAAGGUUGGACACCAGCUCAUAUAGCAGCCAUACGAGGUCAGGAUAGUUGUAUACAGGCAUUAACGAAUAGUGGAGUUAGUUUAGCGGAGAAAGAUGUCCGUGGUUGUACACCAACUCAUCUGGCUGCCUCACAUGGUCAUUCCUUUAGUUUAAAUGCCAUUCUUCGAUCUGGAGUUGAUGUGAAUGCUGUGGAUAGGAAUGGCUGGAUGCCGAUACAUUACGCAGCGUAUCAUGGUAGACUUGGUUGUUUACAGACGUUGAUCAAAUGGGGAGCUAAUCCUGAUGAAGUAGAAAAUAACGGCAACACGCCAGCCCAUCUAGCCGCCCAGGAGGGUCAUCUACCUUGUCUCAAAUAUCUGGUGACAUAUACGAGAAACCAGACCCAUACUCUAGGAGCAAGGAAUGAUAACGGUGAAACACCGAAAGAUCUAGCUGAACAGUUUUAUAAACAGAAUAUUCUAGAUUAUAUCAAUAAUAUCGAAUGGGAAGAAGAACAUCCAGAAGUAGAAGACAAUUCGGCGUUCCCUGCUCAUGUAGCCGCGUAUGCCGGUGAUCUAGAUCAGUUAAAGAUGCUGGUGGAGAACGGGGUUGUUAAUAUCAAUGAAAAAGAUACGAAGGGUUCAACACCAGCACAUAAAGCUGCUGGUCAAGGUCAUCUACGUGUUUUACAGUGGUUGGUUGAAAUGGGUAGUGAUAUGACUAUAGAAAAUAGUGCUGGGGAAACACCACGUGAUGUGGCUUUACGAUUCUCACAUCUAGCAUGUGUUAAAAUACUCGGGGGUGACCCUGAUGCAGAUGAGGUUGACGAAGAAGAUGAACUAGAUUUUGAAGAUGAUGAUGAGGAUGAUGAUGUAGAUGGUGAUAGUUUUGAUGGGGCGUCAGGUCGUAGAGGUGGCAGACAUGCCAAGGCUAAAAGGAGGGCAGCAAGAAGAGAGAAAAGUCUUUCAAAAGGUAGAGCAUGCACAAGAAUAGAAGAAUUAGAAAAACAAUUAGAAAUAGCUAAGAAGAAUUUUGUUCAACUUGGUGGUGUUGUACCUGAAUAUAGAAAGGAGAGAAUUGAACUGCAGAGUAAAAACCACACGAUCAGAGAAUUAGAAUCGCAACUUGAUUAUGAAAGAUUAAAGAGAGAGAAGCUGGAAGCUGAUUUAGACGCGUAUAGGAAAGAAUUAGCCUACUUAACAUCGCAAUUAGAUUCAAGACUCGGGCAUUCAGAUGGUGAAGAUACCAGAUACCCACGAGGUAGAAGUGCCAAGCGACGAACAUCAAAGUCGAAAAACAAGAAACCUCACAGUGACGAUAGAAAUCUUCUCAAACGAAAUUACGUACCGAAGAAAAACUGAAAUAGUCUUUAAUUAAAUUUAUUUUAUUGAUCUCAAACUCAAAUAGAUAAAAUAUUUCAAAAUAACAUUCCAUUGGGAAACAACCACUGUUUUUUUUACAAAAGUACUGGGUUGCUUUGAAAUACAAUGAUUGUAAUCACUGGUAGAGUGCCUCACCAGAAGAACAUAUCUCCUAAUAUUUAAAGCAAACAGAACACAAUAGUUACGGAGACGGUCAUUUUUUGUGGGGUUUAAAAGCAUGAUGUUUCAACAAUUAUCCUCUUACAUAUAUAUUAAAACCAGUGAUUGUUUUCCAUAAAAAUUGGGUUCUGUUAAAGCGGCAUUAUGUAAGAUUAGAUAAAGAGCUGACAGUUCUCGCUAUAAUAGUUAAAAAAUAGAUAAUGAUAACAGAAUAUGCGAAACAUUUUACAUGUUUUUAAAUCGUUGUGAAUUGUUUUAAUCAACUUGUAUGUGAUCUUCACAUCAUAUCACAUUGGGGAUGCAUGAUUGUCAGUCCAUUCCGAAUUGAUACAAUUACAAUCAAGUGACGCAGAAUUCAGUCCUGUCACAAUUCUGUCAGUCUUGACAAUGGAGGUGAUUUGAGUAGAAUCAUGACGUAAUUAACACAAUGACUAUGUUUCAGCUGUCAUGGUUGGUUGAGGUAUUUUAUCAUGCAGUCGGCACAUGCUUUCUAGCCCCAAAUUCCCAUUUUCACAAGGUUAAUGUAGGGCAGAUAACUCUGUAUUGUACCUAUUAUCUCCCCUUAGACCACAAAAUUUGAAACAUUUUGAAAUGGUUGUGAAUCAUAUAAUUAGAUUAACUAUAUCAGUUCUUAGUGAUGUUUAUAUGAUAAUCUAUUUGUUGUAGAUGUUAGUGCAUUAUCCGUUUUUACUUCGUACCUAUAUAAUUUACAUACUUUAUCAGACCUUAAGGCAUAUAACUAAGCCUCAUAACCAAUGGCUCACCUUAGACCACAAUGGCUUUUUUUUUUUAAAUGGUUACUGUGAUAAUCUAUUUGUUGUAGAUGUUAUAAAUCAUAUACUUCAUCUGACCUUGUUAUCUCCCCUUAGACCACAAUGUAAGACAUAUAACUCUGUGAUAUUUAUAAGAUAAUCCAUAUGUUGUAGAUUUUAGUUCAUUUUACCUUUUAUUUCAUACCAGUAUAAUUCAUCUUGUUAUAAUCCCAGAAAAUGUACAUGUUUUAUAGAGAAAACAUUUCUUAAAAAAAUAAAUUAUUUAUCACCGAAA